GCCUGGGCCAACAUUAUUUUUGUUGUGUAGACCGCAGCACUGUGUGCACCUACCUGUAGCUUAGCUGGGAUAUCAAGCUGGAAGAGUGGAGUUGCCUCAUUUUUCCCCUCCUUUGAAAGUUGUAGUUUGAGGAAAGACAAGAGGAAACUCGGGGCUGGUACUUGGAGCGGCCUGCAGCAUGUCUGGAUCUAUACCCUUCUACCAGAAGCACCAUCGCCACUAUGAUCGUAGCUACCGUAGCUCGGAGGCAGAGGCUAAAAUGAGACACUACCAGUCAGGCAGCAGGUUCACUGCUGGCAGCAGCAUGUCCGUCACCAGCAGGAGCAGGGGACUUAACGUGUCCUCACACUCGGGGCUAGAGGAGAGCAGAGUAAGCUCCUUACUCGAGAGAUCCAAGCCAUCGUACUUAGCUGUGGACAAAGAGAACCAAAUAAUCGGCUACGUUGUGCCAGUCUUCAGGGGCAGCCAAGAGUUUGCUACAGGAUUGUCAGAUAAAGGAGAGUCCAGAGUGAGAGACACUGCCGCGUACAUGGCCCGCAGGAAUUUGUUUACCAGUGGCCUGGAGAUGGAGAGGUCAGAGGUCCUUUCCAGGAAGGAGGCCAUGCGUGAGUCAGCUGAUCGCAUCUCUAUGAGUAAAAGGAUCCAUGAGCACGAGGAGCACUUCAAGCGCAUGAACGAAGACAGUCUGAUGCACCCCCCGGAGUUUGUGAUUAAACCUCGCUCCCACACUGUGUGGGAGAAGCAGUGUGUGCGGCUGCACUGCACCGUCAGCGGCUGGCCUGACCCCAGGGUCGUCUGGUACAAAAACAAUGUGGCAAUUGACCCUCUUGCCCACCCUGGCAAGUUUAAACUUGAGAGCAGAUACAAUGUGCACUCGCUGGAAAUCAACAAAUGUGAUUUUGACGACACGGCUCAGUACCGUGUCUCUGCCAUGAACUCAGAAGGAGAGCUGUCUGCAUUUGCUUCUGUCGUUGUCAAACGGUUCAAAGGUGACAUUGAUGAGUCACUGCCAGCACCCAGACUGGGUCCAGUUUCUGAGUAUGGCAUCACCUUCCAGAUUCACAUUGUUGAUACGUUCGGGGUGUCAUUUGGAAGAGAAGGGGAGACUAUGAGCCUGGGGUGUACAGUCAUCAUCUACCCUGCCCUGCACCGCUACCAGCCAGAAAUCCAGUGGUACAGAGAUGAUGUUCUGCUGACAUCUUCUAAGUGGAACCACAUGCACUGGAGUGGAGACAGAGCCACACUGACUCUAACACACCUCAACAAAGAAGAUGAGGGCCUCUACACCCUGCGUGUCUCYACCAAGUCUGGAUAUGAAACCUAUUCGGCCUACGUGUUUGUCAGAGCCUCGCCCGCUCCACCCCAUGGCAUCAGUGUUCUGGAGUGUGUGCGUGACUCCAUGGUGCUGGCCUGGAAACAGCCGACCUUCAUCGGAGGCGCGGACAUCACCGGCUACUUCGUCGACUACCGUGAGGUCAUGGACGGGGUGCCGGGGAAGUGGCACGAGGCCAACAUCAAGGCAGUCAGCGAGAGGGCUUACAGGGUGUCUGACCUGAAGGAGAACAAGAAGUACCAGUUCCAGGUGCGAGCGGCCAACAUGGCAGGUGUCGGCAUCCCAUCGCUGCCCAGCGACACCUUCCUGUGUGAGGAGUGGACCAUCGCUGUUCCAGGACCCCCUCACGAUCUCCAGGUUAGAGAUGUGCGAAGUGACUCUGUGGUGUUGCUCUGGAAGCCUCCAGUGUACCAGGGCCGCGAUCCGGUCAACGGCUUCUACAUCGAUAUCAAGGAAGCGGAYGCCCCAGAGGAAGCCUGGAGGGGAGUCAACACCAAGGCCACAGAUAAAACAUACAUCAAGAUUAAAGAGCUUAAAGAUGGMGAGACGUACGUGUUCAGAGUGCGCGCUCAAAACAAAGCCGGCGUUGGCAAAACCUCAGAYGUUACAGAGCCGGUCCCUGCUGUGACCAAACCAGGCACCAAGGAGAUAGUAGUGGAUGUCGAUGAUGAUGGUAUUGUCUCCCUGAACUUUGAAUGUGGUGACUUGACCCCUGACUCCAAAUUUGUGUGGGCCAAGAACUAUGAGGAAAUCAUAGACACCAACCGGCUGACAAUAGAGACCAAAGGAAACAAGUCCAAAAGUGUUUUUAAGUCUCUUGGGGAGGAGGACAUUGGUAUUUAUUCAUGCCUCGUCACUCACACUGAUGGUGCUUCAUCCAGCUAUACACUCUCUGAGGAAGAGCUGAAGAGGCUGCUGGUGGUCAGCCAUGAUCACAAAUUCCCCAUUAUUCCCCUAAAGUCAGACCUGGCUGUGGAGCUGCUGGAAAAGGGCAAAGUGCGAUUUUGGCUGCAGGCGGAGAAGAUUUCGGCAAAUGGCAAAGUCGAUUAUGUGUUCAACGACAAUGUUCUCUCUCAGGGGGAGAAAUACAAAAUGAACUUUGAUAAGAACACCGGCGUGAUUGAGAUGCUCAUGGAGUCUCUGACCCCGGCAGACGAGGGCACGUACACCUUCCAGAUGACGGACGGGAAGGCCACCAACCAGUCCAGCUUGGUGCUGAUUGGGGAUGUGUUCAAGCAGCUGCAAAAGGAGUCAGAGUUCCAGAGAAAAGAAUGGUUCAGAAAGCAAGGUCCUCACUUUAUUGAAGGUUUGUGUUAUGAGGUCACUCCAGAGUGCUGUGUGAUACUCAAAUGCAAGGUCGGCAACAUCAAGAAAGAGACUUCAGCUCACUGGUCCAAAGCCGGACACGAGGUCAAGGCGGACGAACAUCUCGGCUUCACAGAGGGAGUUCUGAAACUGGAGAUAGCCCAGAUUUCCAAGAAGGACGCUGGUAUUUAUGAAGUUGUUCUGAAGGAUGACAGAGGAAAGGACACGUCCACGUUGAAUCUGACAGAUCAGGGCUUCAAAGACUUGAUGAAUGAAGUUUUCAGUUUUAUUGCCAAUUCUUCCACACCAUUGAAGAUCACGAGCACAGAUGAAGGAAUUCGACUCUACACCUUCGUCAGCUACUACAACGAUUUACUCCAAGUCACAUGGCACUACAAGGAUUCUGCCAUCGCCUUCUCUGACCGCAUAAAGAGCGGUGUGGUCGGAGAACAGCUGUGGCUUCAGAUCACCGAUCCCACAGAAAAAGACAUGGGCAAAUACGCCAUCGAGUUCAACGACGGAAAGGGCGGCCUGAGGAGAACCGUGGAGCUCUCUGGACAAGCUUUUGAUGAUGCCUUCGCAGAAUUCCAGAGACUCAAAGCUGCAGCUGUGGCAGAGAGAAAUCGUGCUCGAGUAGCAGGAGGUUUGCCUGACGUGGUCACUAUACAAGAGGGCAAGGCUCUCAAUCUUACCUGCAACAUUUCGGGCAACCCGGUGCCAGAGGUCACCUGGCUGAAGAACGACCGGGAGAUCACGUCCGACGAGCACUGCAUCCUGAAGUUCGAAUCGGGCAAGUUCGCCAGUUUCACCAUCACGGGCGUGAACACGUCGGACUCGGGCAAGUACAGCAUCCUGGUGAAGAACAAGUACGGCACCGAGAGCGGAGACUUCACCCUUGAGGUCACAGAGGGAACACCUGACUUGGGGGUGACUCCUUAUUGGACGGAUGCAGAAGGAAAUGUGGUUUUUGGUUCACCAAAAGAAAAGAUGAAAACCACCAUCACUGGGACAAAAACACAGAAACAAAACAAAUCUACUGCUGCAUCUCCUGCUACAAAAGUGGAAGGAAAAAARGGAAGCAUCAAAGGAGAGCUGAAAGAGAAGAAAAUGACAGAAGAUGCUACUGCAGAGUCAAAAGCUGCAGAUUCAGAAGCACCAGAGGUUUCAAAAUGUGACUCUGACCCACCAGUGACUCCUGGUUUCUCAGACACCCACAAACAACAUGAGACAGAAAUCCUUAAAUGAAUUCUCAAAAAAUAUUUUUAUUAUUCUAUGUUUGUGAGCUUUUGAACACAGAAAUUGUAUUUGUUCAUCAACAACUAUAAUCAAACAUAUUCCGAAAGAAUACUGACAUGGUAAGGUUAGAACCAUCUACGUAUCGAGAUCUGAACUUUUCUGAGUGUGUUUUUCCACCUUGUAUUCCUGAAUAAAGAAUCUGUUUUAUUAUUUUCAAA